AUGUAUACAAAUACUCCAACUGAUUAUGAUUUAUAUGGAAAUAAAAUAACAACAAAUGAUCUAUUUUUAAUUAAUGCAGACAAUGUAUAUUCAACUUGGUAUCCUGUGAUAUUUCCAUAUACAGAUGCAUCCAAUUGUAAUUUAACGUUCAGUGCAAUAACAUGUCAAUUUGUUUAUAGCGUUGUCGCAACACCUACGAAUAAUCUCUCGUUUGUUUAUAAUUGUAUUGAUUCUCAAGGAAAUAAUGUCAUCGGUUUUUAUACAAGCAAUCAAAAAUGUGAUUUUCAAUUAAUAGAUGAACGAAUUGUAUCAAAUUAUUCGACACAAGAUAAUUUUUUGAUUGAUUUUAAUGGUGAUGGGACGGGUGUUUAUGGUAUUGCAGAUGAUUUCAUAUUUUAUUAUCAAUUGUUUCCAACCAUUGAUUUAUUUAUUUGGUCAAAUACAUUAGGAAUAUCUCCUCGAGGAAUGCAUAUUGGUAUAAAUCAAGAUUAUACUGUUGUUGCUGGAUAUUGUCAAAUAUCAACAUCAGUUGCAAAUGAAUGUGCAUUUCUCAUUCGAUUGAACACAUCAUUUUCAUGUCCAAAUAUUACAAAUAAAUUUAAUAUUGCAACUGCUAUAACUUAUUCAUGGAGUGAUCCUCGUGUAAUACGUUUAAUUACGAAUAGUCGAAGUUAUACAUCAAAAUCAGUAAUGUCAGUUAGUAUUUGUUGGAAAACAAAACAAGUAUUGAUUGGAGUUCAAUCAUUAAAUACAGUCUUUUUGUAUUCGUUAAACAAUACUUAUGAUUUAAUUAGUAGUCGUGAUAAUGGUGUUGGAUAUAUGGGUUAUGGAAAAAGUGUUUCGUGGUUGGAUACAAAUGGACGUAAAGCUGCGAUCUUAGCAAAUACUUAUACAUAUACAACUUUUGAUUGGAUUUCAUCAUCAGUACAUAUUUAUGAUAUUGAAUCAGAUGGAUUUUCAGAUUCAACGCAACCAAUUUAUAUUUAUCCGAAUAGUUUACAACCUUUGCAACAAUACAUGGCUCCAUCAAUUAUUCGUAUUGCUUGUUCUCCUUCUGGUAAUUUGGGUAUUUUAAACCUUUUAGGUGGUGGUGUUGGUAUUCUUCGUGCACCACCAAAUGAAUAUCCAAAUACAAACACAAGCGGUUGGGCUACAACUAGUGUUCCUUGUUAUUCUGGUACUAGUCGAGAUUACGAUGGAAUUGAACUAUGUUCUCCUUACUCUUCGUCGUCAAUGAAUUGUUCGGAUGAUAUUUAUUGUCCAUACGGAGCUGUCGGACAAGUUUCUUAUUCAGAAUUUGAAUCGAUUGAACAAGAUCAAGACUAUCCUGAAUCACCUGAGAACACUGUUUUUGAUGAUCUUUUAAUGCAGAAUAUGUUCGGUUUAAAUCCAACAUCAAUUCAUUGUUUAGUUGUAUCUCCAAUUACUUGGGUUUUAUUUUUUAUGAUAUUUGGUUUAACUAUUUCUAUUGGAAUAAUUUUAUCAGAAGUCUGUUGUCCUCGUUAUCAUUCUAUUCGAGAUAAAAUCAAACGAAUCUUUAGAAAAAUGGAUCUGAUUGGUGAAGGAGAGAUGUGGAUAGGUGGUUUAACCUCGUCGGCAAUUAUUGUUCUUGUCAUCUCAGCAUAUCAUUUUUCUAAUGGUUAUCUUCAUCAAUAUCCAAUAGAACGAGUUACUACAAACAGUACAUUUGCAUGUGAUGUUACUUUACGUAAUGCAAAAUUCUCUACUACAGCUCAGAAACGAUGGGAUCCUGCACGUUCAACAAAAGAAAGUCAAACAGUAUUUGAUUUACUCAAUGCUCAAGCAUUCACAUUGAAUAUUGAUCUUGUUCAAACAGCAUUCAAUUGUCAAGACAAUUUUUAUGUCAUACGUGAUAUUGGUUAUAAAACUGUUCGAUUACCAAUAAAAAAUUGUCAAUUAAACAAAAAUAAAACAAUCAUGACUUUGGCUAUUGCACUUCCAGUUCAUGAAAUUUCUGUUAAACUUGUUUUGAACGGAUUAAAAACUGUUGGGGCCGUCCGAAUUGGCGUUAGUGGACCUUCAGCACAAGCUGACAAUGAAAGAUUCACAACAAUGGAAUUGAAUUUCGCUUCCACAUUUGUCUCCUCAUCUUUUGAUGAAGUUCUUGCUGAAACAACUACAUUUCCAAUAACAUUGACAAAAAUAGUUAAUCAAACUGAUCCAUUAUCCAGUGAUGGAUUCUCGACAUUUAGUGCUAUUUUUUCUUCUUCAUUCAAUGUCAAUUCUGAUAUGUUGUUUACUAACGAGACUCGUUAUACAUUUAUUUAUCGAACAGCUACUAAUAUUACUGUGACUAUUACAGAAGAUAAUUUCUAUGUUAGUAAUUUACAACAACCAAUUGCUCGACAGACAGAAGUUAUUUUUCAUAAUCUUCUUUUCACAAUUGUUGUAUUAGAAGUUUUUGGUUUGGUUUAUCUCGUCGUCAAACUCUUUUUGAUUCCUGUCUGUCAAAGUAUGUCUACUCGUUUGCAAAAAAAGUUGUCAACAAAGAAAAUAGAUAUUGAAUCACAUAAUGAUUCAAAUGCAAUGGUUGUGGAAAAAAAAGUUGUUCAGUAA